UACGGCCAAAAAAUGUUAAAUCGGUUAAAGCGCUUGCACAUCAGAGGUUUCCAUAAGCAUCGGAGACCAGGAAAAAAAACCCCCAAAAGCUAAAUUGCGAAUUGGUGACCGCCGCCCUGUGCUACCAUGGGGACGACACAUAUCAGAAGUGGAGCUUACCCUGUUCUCAUCGGCUUUGCCUCGCAUGCUUCAGUAACUUUGCAGCAAAUUACCACUUCGUAAUAAUUUGCAAAGAUUGCUUAUGUCCAUCAAUCAUCCUCGCAAUCACUCUUUCUAUCAUAACAACGAUGAUUGGCAAGAUCCAGCUGGUCUAACACGUCAGAAUAUGUCUCUUGGCGACUCAUCUCAACGUAUCAUGGAUAGUAAUAAUGCGGGCAAAAUAUCGUUAAUGCGAAAGUCCAUCGAAAAUGAAGCUUUGAUUAAGAACGCUAGAAAUACCAAUGAUCCUCGGCAUCAUCUGCUUCAGUCUGCAAGACGACGUCGAGCAGGGACCAUGCCAUCAAUGCAGUUCAUUCCGGAAAAUGGUGCCAUCGGUAUGACCGAGACUCAUUAUCCCAUAAUGAAUACGAACGACCUGAACAGUGGAAGGAACCGUUCUGGAUCCCUCACUCUCCCGUCAGCGUCGGUAUCGGCGGCUUUUGGGAAUCCUAUCUUCAGCACCUCUUGGAUAACAGCGGAUACUCAAGUACAGAUGAUGCAAAACACCGAUCAACUCUUAGGAGAGGAAGAUACCAACUCCAUUGUGCAAACAUUAUCCUCGCUCGGACUGGACGACAGUGAUGUUGUAACACCGAAGCAUGGCAGCAUACCUCCGCCCUCCAUGUCUUCGAACGAGAACCCCAUUUCAAAUUAUCAUAACGCUCAAAUGUCCUAUGGCUCGGAAGCAUCUGUCUAUGAUAACAUGACAGGACCUCAGCUUGGUUAUACUAGCAACGGUGCGUUCAAGGCCAAUGAGUCCUAUCUGAAUUCUCAGCCAAACAGACCGAGAGCCGUCAGCAUUGCUGUACCUGAACAAAUUAGAGAAUCCCCGUAUAACAUGAUGAAUAGUGGACAAUGGUCUUCAAACGCGUACCAAACACAAAGUCAGGCCAGGCCCGGACGAGCCUCCUUUCAACAAACGCGAAACCGUGCGCUUUCAGUGGGCGAUACCGAAUGGCUAAGAGCACAAAACGCUGCCCGAGUCGAACUCGAGCAAAACAUGGAUAUGUUUUCAUACACGGACCGUGGUCUUUCUUCCUCAGGAAACGCUACACCUACAAGAUCACUUUGGAUUGGCUGUGUCGACUCUCUCGUGACCCAAGAACAGUUGCUGCAAACAUUCAGUCCAUAUGGCUUGAUUGACAGUGUCAGACUCAUUGCCGACAAGGAAUGCGCUUUUGUGAAUUUCGUCCACAUUGAAGAUGCCAUACGUGCCAAGGAAGACGUCCUCACACUCCAUAACGGCCGUAUCGGUGAUACAGUUGUACGAAUCGGAUAUGGCAAAAACGAUGGUCCUCUACCAGAUUCGACGGUCUUGCAACCGACCAGAGCAUUAUGGUUUGGUAAUAUGUCUAUCACGUUGACAUCCAGUGACCUGUAUGAUGUUUUCAAGCAGUUUGGAGACAUCGAAUCUGCGCGAGUCUUGACCCAGAAAAAUUGUGCUUUUGUGAACUUCAAGUAUUUGGAAAGUGCCAUACGUGCCAAAGAUCAUGUCCAAAGCACCAAUUUACUUGGUCCAAAUACAAGAAUUGGCUUUGCCAAAGUGCCAACUGCUCCUGCUCCCACCUCCACGCCCAUACCAGACCGUGAUCCAAGCGAAGAAAUUUCGGAUGGCAUCGUUAAACCGAGCAGUUCAGAAAGUCGAAAACUAAUGAAGAUUGAUCUUCUGGAGAUUGUCAGAGUAUUGGCCCCUGAGGAAGAUGAGAAGAAUAUCGUUAGCGAAGAUUUUGUAAAACAGAAAUUAUAUCACGAAGCUAUUCCCAGCGUUAUUGAGUUCGGGCCAGAGCGAAAAUUGGAUGCAUCUGCUUUACGAGAAUUACGUAAGCGCUUGGACCGCCAAGACAUUGAUCCUGCAGACGCGAAUAGUAUUGCGGAAGAAUGCAUGAAUGAGAUUGUAGAACUGAGCAGCGAUUAUAUUGGCAAUACUGUUGUCCAACGUCUAUUUGAGCUAUGCCACGAAGAUAUCAAGACCAAGAUGCUGGAAUAUAUUGCACCCCAUCUUGCUGCCAUUGGAAUUCACAAGAACGGUACUUGGGCAGCUCAAAAGAUCAUUGAGUGUAUAUCGACUCCAGAACAGAUGAAGUUAAUACGUGACCAUGUUGGACCUUACGUUCCACCACUGCUAUUGGAUCAAUUUGGCAACUAUAUGGUACAAUGUUGUCUUGCACUUGGGGAUGAAAACAAUCAAUUCAUUGUGGAGGCAAUCGUUGAGAAUAUGAAUGAGGUAGCCCAAGGACGCUAUGGCUCUCGAGCAGUGCGUGCCAUUUUGGAAAAUGCGUAUGUUUCCAAGUCACAGCAGAAAUUGGUCGCAGCAUCCAUGAUUCAACAUACUUCCGUAUUGGCAACCAAUCCAAAUGGUACAUUGCUGUUAAAUUGGGUCAUCGAAUCAUCAGGGUUCCCCGGACGUUACCAAGCUUUAGCUAAUCGACUGGCACCGAAUGCGGCUUACUACUGUGUCCACAAGACAGCAUCAUCGUUGCUAUUGAAACUCAUAAAUCAGUCUCAAGAUUUUAAGGCUCAACAAUUACUUCUGUUCUCCAUAUUCGACAACGACAAGAGGCUACCUGAAAUUCUUAACGACCAAAUAUGCGGUCUGCCGCUUGUGCAAAAGAUUCUUGGUGGCGCCGAUGUUGACAGUAAUUUACGACAAUAUGCGGCAGACAAAAUCCGGAAAAAUCUUGAAAACCAAGGAAACUCUGGUGUUCAUCGUUCUCUUCACGAUUUGCCUCCGCCGCAACAACAGCAGUUAAAGUUUGCAUUGCCAGCCCACGCUGGUAAUAUACCAAUUCCUUCUUCUUCUUCUUCGAUUCCUGCUCCAUAUACCAAUCUCCCGAUUUCCAAUUACUACAAGCCUGUCGAGCAACCUAUAAACGCACCAACAAGUACCGACUAUAUACCAGCUCGUGCUAACAGAGGACAUUUUCAGUCCGUUCAACCUUUAGAGUAUCGCGCCGUUCCCAAGGGUGUCACUCAGGACUACUUGUGGGAAGCACAUAAAUGAAAGUAAAGUUUAUAGUUCUCCUCCCCUCUCGGUGAUGUAUUACAGCUCAUCACUUUUGAUUCUAAUGUAAAUCAACUCAUUA